GGAGUGAAGCGAGGCGGCGGCUGAGGCGGGGGUGGAUGGCCACAAGGGCGCCCGGGAGCCGCGUCGGGCUUGUCGUCUCGGGCCCCCAUGGUCCUCUAACGCAGCCCCGGGGGCCGCUGCGCGCCACGUUCCGCUCUCGCCGGCCCUGUGCCUCUCGGAGCCUCGGGUCUGAGGUGGGAGUGUGAUGUGAGCCGCUGGGCGAGCGGCGCAGAGAAGUGCCAAGAGGAGGAGGGUUUGGGACGGGCGAGGAGAGAGAGUUAGUCAGCAGAGGUCGGCCGAGGGAGCCAUGAAAACAACUCUCCGGCGGGAAGAGGGGCUGGCGCGGCGCUCGGUGCGGCGAGGCUGAAGGAAAUCCGGGGCCGCGGAGGGACGGAAGGCGCCCGCAGCGGGCCGGCUGCGCCGAGCAGGGGCGAGCGCCCAGCUGUAAACACCCCUCCUCAGGCCCACCUCAGCAUUUUGAAAACGGAGCUGUAGCCACAGGAUCAGCGGCGAGCUUGUUGAAAGAACCCACAAGUGUAUUUCACAGCACCUUGGGUGGAAAUUGGAUGUGAAAAUGAAGCCAGACCGAGAUACUCUAGAUGAAUAUUUUGAAUAUGAUGCAGAGGAGUUCUUGGUCUCUUUGGCCUUGUUAAUAACAGAAGGACGAACACCUGAAUGUUCUGUAAAAGGUCGCACAGAAAGUUUCCAUUGCCCUCCAGCACAGUCCUGUUACCCAGUAACUUCCAAACAUGAAUGUAGUGACAAGCUGGCUCAGUGUCGCCAAGCCAGAAGAACUAGGUCUGAGGUCUUACUGUUGUGGAAGAAUAACCUUCCAAUCAUGGUGGAAGUGAUGUUACUCCCAGAUUGCUGCUACAGUGAUGAUGGGCCCACCACAGAUGGAAUUGAUCUCAAUGAUCCUGCAAUUAAGCAAGAUGCAUUAUUAUUAGAAAGAUGGAUAUUGGAGCCAGUUCCUCGACAGAGUGGUGAUCGAUUUAUUGAAGAGAAGACUCUUCUAUUGGCUGUCCGCUCAUUUGUGUUUUUUUCUCAAUUAAGUGCUUGGCUGAGUGUUUCCCAUGGUGCUAUUCCACGAAAUAUUCUUUACAGAAUCAGUGCUGCUGAUGUAGACCUGCAGUGGAAUUUUUCACAGACCCCGAUUGAACAUGUGUUUCCUGUUCCUAAUGUUUCUCACAAUGUGGCCUUGAAAGUCAGCGUUCAGUCCUUGCCCAGACAAUCUAAUUAUCCAGUUUUGACCUGUAGUAUUCACACUAAUAUUGGCCUUUAUGAGAAAAGAAUUCAAGAACAUGAACUUAAAGUCCAUCAGCAUCGCAAUUCUAGUGAAGUAGAACAAUGUAGUACAAAUAGUUCACAGCGUCUGUGUAGCAAACAAUCUUGGACCAUGGCACCUGAAAGCAUAUUGCAUGCAAAAAAUGGCACAACUCCAGAAUAUACUGCAGCUGUCAAAAAUGUCAAACUGUAUCCAGGCACUGGCAGUAAAUCUGACUAUGGAACACGUCAAGCCAAUAUUCUGGGCUUCAGUGGUAGAGGAGAUAAAAAGUCACAUGAAACACCAGUGAGAACUUUAAAAUCAUUUUCAGUGAUUGAUUCCAGGGUCUCUAGCCACCAGAGUUCCUGGCAGUCAGUUGGUGAGACUAAUCCUUUAAUAGGCUCUUUAAUUCAGGAGCGACAAGAAGUUAUUGCAAGAAUUGCUCAGCAUUUGAUUCAUUGUGAUCCAAGCACUUCCCCUGUUUCUGGACAUCCAUUUAAUAUGCAAGAGUCUAGUUCACUUAAUUCAAAACUUUUCCGGGUUUCAAAAGAAAAUGAAAAUGUGAGAAAAUGUAAAGAAACUUUGUCCAUUUCCUUUGGUAGUCCUGAGCUUACCUCCUCAGAAGACACCAGUGAGGGAAAAAUUCAAGUAAAACCAGAUACUCCUCGAAGUGAAACUGGCAGUUCCAAUGGUCUUUAUUCUCGUCAGUCUGUUGGUGAGACAAAUCCUUUGAUUGGCUCUUUACUCCAGGAGCGACAAGAUGUUAUUGCAAGGAUUGCUCAACACUUGGAGCAUAUUGAUCCAACUGCAUCACAUAUACCCCGGCAGUCAUUCAACAUGCAUGACUCCAAUUCGGUUCCUUCGAAAGUAUUUAGGAGUACAUAUGAAGACAACAAUUUGUGGAAGAAAAACAAGGAUGUUACCUCUGUUUCCAUUUCCAAUACAAAAAUUUCCUUGUUAGAAGACAGCAGCGAAGGGGAAAACUUAAUACCCAAUAAAUCAUUUAGUUAUUUUAAAUGUAAUGGUAAAGUCGAAUCCUCUUUGAAACCUCAAAUAAGAAAUCUGUAUCAGGACAAUCCUAGUGAAACCAUCCAAAAUACUUUUCAAGAGACACAGAACAAAGCCACUAGUUUAUUGACUCCCUCAAAUAUGCCUCACUGCAAAAAAAAUAACUUAGAUUUGACAGUCAGAUUGGAAAAUACACUUUCUGAGUGUCAAUUUAAGAAGCAAGAAAUUAGCAAUGAAACUGAUAAAAAGUAUUCAAAUUGCAACAGUAUUGACAAACAGAUUUGCACAGAUAAGUAUAAGGAAAAAAGAAUAAAAAAUGAAAAUUCUAAUCCAGAAUAUUUUAAGAAUCAUGAAUUUGAUAACUCCAAAAAAGAUGACUCAAAAAUAAAAGCUACUAUGUUGGAAAUGUCUGAAUAUUUGAACAAACAUGAAAACAAGUGCUCAAAUAAAGACUCAGAAAGGCCUAAGACAUGUGAGCAAAAUACUCAACUUAAUAGUAUAGAAAAUUAUCUCAAUAAAGAUAAUGAAGUUCGCAAAUGCAAAAAGCCAGACCUAUUAAAAAUUGAACAGGAUAAGACAGAAGAGAUAAUUGAUGAAAAAUCUCAAAACUGUUCUCAGAGAAAGAAAGUAAAAGACUGUUUGUCUACAUGUGAACAACUGAAAAAUACAGACGUGUUGCAGAAGACUAUACCACUGAAACAUUCAAGUGUCUGGCGGAAACAUAAUUUUCAUUCCUUAGAUGGGACCUCAACCAGAGCUUUUCAUCCUCGAACUGGAUUGCCUCUUCUCUCAAGUCCUGUUCCUCAAAGAAAGACACAAUCAGGUUGCUUUGAUUUGGAUUCUUCAUUACUGCAUCUGAAAAGCUUAUCAUCUGGAAGUCAUCGACCGUGUUUAAACACUGAAGAUGGUCCAGAUAUUCAUGAAAAACCAUUUCUGAGUUCUAGUGCUCCACCUAUAACAAGUCUUAGUCUCUUAGGAAAUUUUGAGGAGUCUGUCUUGAACUAUCGUUUAGAUCCUCUUGGCAUUGUUGAUGGUUUUACUGCUGAGGUAGGGGCAAGUGGUAUUUUCUGCCCCACACAUUUGACUCUUCCAGUUGAAGUGUCAUUCUACAGUGUUUCAGAUGAUAAUGCUCCCUCUCCUUAUAUGGGUGUGAUUACUUUAGAGUCCCUUGGUAAAAGGGGUUAUCGAGUACCUCCUUCAGGAACAAUACAAGUGACCUUAUUUAACCCUAAUAAGACUGUGGUGAAGAUGUUUGUUGUGAUAUAUGACUUACGAGAUAUGCCAGCUAAUCAUCAGACAUUCCUACGACAAAGAACUUUUUCUGUACCUGUUAAACAAGAAAUGAAGAGAAGCGUUAAUAAAGAGAACAUCCGACAUACAGAAGAACGGUUAUUGCGCUACCUCAUACAUCUGAGGUUCCAGAGUUCUAAAUCUGGAAAGAUCUACCUCCAUAGAGAUGUACGGCUCCUGUUCUCUAGAAAGUCAAUGGAAGUUGAUAGCGGUGCUGCGUAUGAACUCAAAUCUUACACUGAAUCGCCAACAAACCCUCAGUUUUCACCAAGAUGUUGAUAAGGAGUGACAAUUUAAAGCGUUCGCUCAGUACCCAAGUCUGAAAGUAAAAAUUAGCAUAGAACGGAGUGCGCCAAUUAACAUCCAGGAGGGUGGAUCCUCUCCUGUUAUCCUGGACCAGUUUUUAUUAAAGGAUUCCUGGAAUGAGAUCCACAUAUUCCAAGUAGACUGGAAACACUCAUGUCCUAAUCCAUUUUGUACUGUUGAAACCACUUCAUUGGACGUGUUGCAAUAGCAACCCCCCCUUCCCCAAUUAGAUUAGUGUUUACACAUUUUAUUUCUCAGUUAUUUAAUAUUUAAUGUUUUCCUUAAUACUCAAGUGAUGUUUGUCUCUAGUGUUCUAAUGUAGCACAAAUCCUAUGUAAAAUCAUACUAUGUAUUUUUGACAUUAAUGUUGAAAUCCAAAAUAUAUGCACAAGUCUUUAA